AGCUGUUCCACCAUCGGCUGCCACAGACAGUCCCGGAUACUGCCCAGAUGACAAAUCGUGGUUCAAGUACGGUUCCUACUGCUACCUGUUGAAUGGCAAUGCUUGGGACUCGUGGCCAGAGGCAAACCAUGAGUGUUACCAGCUGGGAGCCUCACUGCUGACUGUGACCAGCCAAGAAGAGAUGAAUUUUAUCAAGAAGAUAGUGCGAACUGAGGAUAUACGUGGACGUAACGUAUGGAUUGGACUUUUAAAGAAACCUGGAGGUGCCUUUGGUUGGUAUGACAAUACAGCGUUAAGCUAUGUGAACUGGGCCACUGGUGAGCCAGCCAAGGAUGAAGACAAGGGCUGUGUGUCCAUUCACCCAGCCAGUGGGAACUGGGAACUGGAACAGUGCUCCUACUCCAGGGGAUAUAUAUGUAAAAUAGCCAAGGUGCCUAUCUCCACCACCCCUGGCCCAUCCUGCAGAUCUGGCUGGUACCUUAGAGAAAACGUGUGCUACAAGGGCUUCUUUGAGUAUGACUCCAACAAGAAAUCAUGGGAGGAGGCUCGCAGUUUCUGCCGUGCAGAAGGCGGAGAUUUGGCUAGUUUCCACAGUGAGGCAGAAAAAAAUUGGUACUUGGAGAAUCUGGGAUAUUACUACAGAUACUCUGUUGGCAAAGAGCCAUCAUGGAUUGGACUUCGCAUUCCUAAAAAUGCUGCAAACAACCAGCACACCUGGUCAGACGGCACAGCGGCAGAUUAUUUCAGCUGGGAGAAGGGACAGCCAGACAACCACAAUGGCAAAGAGAAGUGCGUCAGUAUGAUAUCCAGCACAGGAGAGUGGCGGGACGAUAACUGUGCUGGCGCCAGAAGCUGGGUAUGUAAAGCACCGUAUGGCGCCACACCGCUUCCCAGCACCACCACACCAUCAAGCACUGACCAUGGUGAAUGUGGUAAGAAAUGGAGUCUGUUUGGGGAUAACUGCUAUUUCUUCAGCGAACUUUGGGGCGAUAAUUCGCGCGAGUCCUGGUUCAAGUCGCGUGAGUAUUGCCUGAGCAAUGCUGGUGACCUGGUCAGCAUUCACUCUGAGGCUGAAGCCGAUUUCGUUACGACGCUUGUCAGCAAAAGUCAGCACAUGAAGUUGUGGGUUGGAGCCAGCAAUUUUGACUUUGAGGGAUACAGUUGGACUGAUGGAAGUCCCAUGAACUACAUCAACUGGGCCAAGGGGGAGCCGAACUCUCUGUUUGGUGACCAGCGGUGUGUGGACAUCUACUCGGGGACAGAUGGGAUGUCGGCAGGCACCUUCAAUGAUGAUAACUGUGGAGAUCCCUUGCCAUUCAUCUGUAAGAAGCACAAGUCCAGCAGCACCCCAGGGACAGUGGCCACCACCCCCACCAUCCAGGGCAACUGCCCCAGGGAGUUCCAGGGCAUUGGCAACAGAUGUUACAAAUUUAUGGGAGAAGACCCAUCAGAGAGAAAAAACUGGACCAAUGCUGCAAGAGCCUGUCAAGAUAUGGGAAAGGGGUUCACGCUGGCCAGCAUUACAAACCCUAUGGAGCAAGCUUUUAUAACCAGCCACCUACAAGCCAAAGGGACGGAUUACUGGAUAGGACUCAGUGACUACUACAAACAUCACUUCUUCCGCUGGUUGUCAAAUGAAGAUAUAAUCUAUACUAACUGGGGCAAGAAUCAGCCCACUAACUCUUGGAGCUCUGACGAUGAGCAGUGUGUACAAGUACGAGCAGCCAGGGGCAGCAUAGGAAAGUGGGCAGACUCCAAAUGUUCCGAUGUCGCAGCUUUUAUUUGUCAAACCUGGAAAGAUGCCAAGAUUCCAACCCCUUGGACACCCGCCAGUACUCCCGCCCACCCAUGUAAACCGGGCUAUCGCUCCUUCGACGGCCAGACCUGCUACAAGCUGUACACUGAGCCCAAAAUGUGGACCUACGCCCACCGCCAGUGUACGGAAGACAAGACUCUGUUGGCUUUCGUCCCAGAUGCUCUGGCAGAGGCAAACUUGCAGACUUUCAUGAUUGAGACUCAGGGGCAGCCAGUUUGGCUGGGGUUGAAGGAUUUGGGAUAUCAACGUUUUAUGUGGGUAAACGAGUGGCCUCUCGACUACACCAACUGGGCAGAAAACGAGCCCCGGACGGGCAACGGGGAGGCCUGCGGCGUGAUGAGACCUGACGGGAAGUGGCAGAACUCCGUCUGCCACGACAAGUUCCCGUUUAUCUGCAUGACAACAACAGUACCAGCCCCCACCACGGUCACCCCCAUGCCAGGCUGGUGCCCAGAUGCUCCCGAGGGUCAGCCUUGGCUGGAGUACGGGACGUCCUGCUUCUACUACAACUCCAACGCCUACGAGAACUGGGCCGAGGCAAACUUUGCGUGCUACAAACGAGGGGGGCACCUGGCCUCUUUUGCCAAUCAAGAUGAAAGCGAUUUCAUUUUCGGUCUUUUGGAGAAUGAGGUUGGACCGAGAAAUAUGUGGAUUGGUCUCGUUAGGAGGACUAAUUCAGAUCCCUUUGAAUGGUACGAUGGAUCAACCGUGGACUUCACCCACUGGGCCCAGGGCGAGCCCAGUAAUAAUGGCGGGAACGAGAACUGUGUGGAGUAUCGAGCCGACACCGGAGAGUGGAACGACAACGACUGCUCCGUCAACAUGGGCUUCAUUUGCAGCACACCAAGAAUAAUCCCCACUACCUCUACUACAACAGUGAGUACCACACUCGGGACGGGUCCUACUCAGUCGUCUCAACCAGGGGGCAGCACUGCUGCUUCCACACUGGCACCAUCACCAGUGGUGCCUGAGAAGCAAGCUGGGAACAAACCAGACAGCACAACGGAAGGUGUUGGUUUGACCGGCGGUAAUGUUGUGGGCGUGAUCAUCUUGUGUGUUGUCAUUGUGGCUCUCCUAGCUAUCAUUGCCUAUGUGGUGCGUAAGCAGAGGCAGCAGUCGGGCGUCCUGGCUUUCUACAGUUCAGAGCAUGCGGACAAGGUUCAGCUGUCGGGGUCAAGGUCGAGCAUGGAGAAUCCUGUGUAUGACAUGUAUAACUCAGACUCUGAUAAACCAUAGUACGUUACGGUGUUUAAUGUAAGAGUAAACCAGUCCUGAAAAUGCUUGUCCCUCAGAUAUCAGAGAGACUUCAGAAAGACUCAGAGAGACUUAACUUUAAGAGAGUGUAAAAGGUUUCUAAGAAGUUUAAUCCAUCUGCCUUUUGCCGUUUUCUUAAUUAUAGGACACCAGUUAGGAUUAAAACCUCUGAUCUCGGGAUUUGCAUAUGUAAUGCAUGUGCGUCUUUCCUAUCAUUAUAUUCCUGUGACAAUUGUAUGUACUUAAUGUAUUUAAUUGGCUAAAUAAGCAUAACUUUUAUUAUUAUUAUUAAGAAAAC